UUUCAGUGAAAGUCGUUCUCGCACACAAACCAACACGCUCUCUCGUAAAGCCAAGCCUCUUUUCAGGCCCCUAUACACUGAUUAUCUUCUCUUUCUUCUGUUCCUUUCUCUUCAAUUCCAAUUCCUGUUCCAGUUCCUAUCAAAUUCUCAAUCAUUUCAGUUAUACGUUUUGCUCUAAUGGUGGAUAGCUGGUAGCAGCAUAAGUGAGUAUAAUUUUAGAUGGAUAUUGGAAAUAAUAUACAAGGAUAAUGGGAGGUUGCUGCUGUUGUUCCUCCAAGGGAGCUGAACUUAAUACUGCUCCGGCUUGUUAUUAUUACCCCAGAGCAUCAGAAGAGCAUGUCCCACUAUCAUCUCGUCAUGGUGCUGUUUCUGCCCUCUCCACGGGACUGUUGGUUGAUACAAACCUUGACACAUCGGUCCCUGAUGCAUACAGGCCACCUCCUCCACCUAUGCCAUUUGAUGUGGCUUUAGGAUGUGCUCAAACUCCACAAGGGGCUCAGGAAAUUUCCAGUGACAAAGAUGAUGGAGCAGUGCAAACAACAAAUUCUGAUUCUGUUCAAGAAACUACUGGCAUCAAUACUCGAGAAACAUCAGCUAAGUGUGAAGAUAUGAAGGGUUCAGACUGUAAAGCACAAACUAAUUUGGAGCUCGAUUCAGUAAAGGAGCUAGAAGUUGAGCUCCAAAAGUCGGUUGAACCUCUUAUUUCAGCAACAGAGGAGGAGGAUGUUUGUCCCACCUGUCUGGAAGAGUAUGAUGCAGAGAAUCCAAAAAUUACCACAAAAUGUGAGCACCAUUUUCACCUUGCAUGCAUUCUUGAAUGGAUGGAAAGAAGUGACACCUGUCCUGUUUGUGACAAGGAAAUGAUAAUUGAACCUCCUAUUGAUUUGUAGUUAUGCAGAAAUUUCAACCAUGGUCAACAUCUUUGCUGUUUGAAUUAAAUUGGGAAGCAAAAUUUACAAUGCACAAAAGUUUUAUUUUCUUUUGCAUCCACUGUUCAGUGGUUGCCACAGAUUUGGCUGCAACUUCCUUUUACUUUUUGAAGAGUCAGUACCCUUUUCAGUGCAUAUGCAUAUCGCCUUUGUGCUUUAAGUCCUGCAUAUAUAUAAAAUCAUAAAAAUGAAUGAAAAAGAAAAAAAAAAAAAAGAGAAGGGGAAGAAACAAAAAAAAAAAAAAGAUGGGAGGUGGAUGGUGGUCCUACACAGUUCCUGAUGGCCAUUACUUCUGAAGCUUUUCAAAUUAGUGUAACGAUACAAGGCCUAAGUUUGCAUAUUGCAGGAUGCUAGUCAUAUUACUUGGUCAAAGAUUUUGUUAUUGCCUGAAGAAAGAAGUCAAUUGGUGGUGCUCUCCUUUUCCUCUCCCCACCGUCUUAGUAUAGAUUUUCUACAAUUGUCAAGCUGAAAUACUGUCGACAGAUGAAUUUUUUUUUUCCACCUUCUAAAUCGGUUAUGUAAAUGGUAUAUGGCGGUUGUUGAUGUCUUCAUUUUAUCUGCUUGUGAGAUUAUUUGAUGGAGGAUUUGAUCAGUGUAAGGAAAACCAGGAUGGUAUUUCUUUUUAAGAUGAUUCAUGUAAAUAAUACUCAUCUGAUUUCUACA